AAAAGUUCUCGAGUGCAAGCAUCGCAUCGCGCAUCACCUGCACGACAGCUUCCGACAUGGCUGCCACCAAAGUGCACAAGGGCUCAGAGUCGAACCCCUUCAUCAAGCAACUCGCGUCAAGUGAUCGAAGCAUUCGCGAUCGCGCCCUUUCCUCACUUCGCACCUACCUCUCACGCUCCGCAGCCUUCACACAACUGGACCUGCUGAAGCUCUGGAAGGGCCUACAUUACUGCAUGUUCAUGUCCGACAAACCACGAAAUCAGCAACGACUUGCCCGCGACUUGGCUGCCCUCACAGAUGUUCUCGCCCAAGAGAAUGUGCUUCCGUGGUUGCAGGCAUUCUGGAGGACGAUUGCCCGAGAAUGGGGCUCCAUUGACAGUCUGAGGAUGGACAAGUACUUGUAUCUGGUGAGGUGUUAUGUGAACAAGGGCUUCGAGAUCUGUGCCAAAAAGACGUGGGAAGUGGAGCAAUACCUGAGCAUAUUGGGAGAAGAUGGGGGUCCAUUGAGCAUCAGGGAUGUGAAGGUGCCGGUCGGGCUGAAGUUACAUGUGCUGGACAUCUGGGUGGACGAGUUAGAGAAAGUGGACUCGGAUAAAAAUGCUGCACCUGUCGAGCAAGUCAUGAAGCCAGUCAGGAAGUUGCAGAAGGAGAGCUUAGUCAAAAGUGUGAAGCAAAGGGCCAAGGAAAGCCUAGAAGAUGAGAGACUCUUUGAGGGAACAAGAUGGAGGACAGGCGAAGACCCCGAUGCGAAUGAGGCCACGGGCUCCGCCCACGAGGACGAAGAGGAUGGCGAUAUUGUGGGCGGCGACGAUUUUGGUGGGUUUGACGACUGAGCCCGAUUCAUAACAACAGACUGGAACGUCAGCGCGUCGAGCGUCCUGGCAAAUGUCGACGCGAGACGAAAUAGUUCACGAUGCCAUGUGGCUCGAGGAUUGGGAAGUGAUGAGUCACGAAUGUGGAGGACCAUGAUCGAGAUAUCACGUUUCAGGAGCGCACAUCAUUCUAAGGCACAGCGAAGCACCAAAUCAGCACCAGGAAUGGACCCGGAGCACUCACUCCAGGAGAGCGGGAACCAUGCCAGCCUGGACGGAAUACGAUUGCACGCUACCAACUUGGCACAAUGGGACCCAAUGACAACACAAUCUAUGUUCAUUUCUUCCUGCCAUUGUCCGGCUUAUA